GCACAAAGCAGAAAUCGAUUUGUUUCCUUCCAUUCACACACUCCUGAGAUUUUAUAUCCAUAAUUGGAACCUGUUUACAUAUACAGACCGAUAUUUCGUAUGGAACAACUGAUAAGAAAUCUUUGAAGAAAUAGUGAGAGUUAGUAGACAAGGGGUCAGUGUAUCGUAGCGUGUAUCAUGUGGAACUAUGGUGGUUUGUUUUUGUUCUGUUGGUGGUUAGGAUUAGUUUACAGUAAAUCAGUGAUAGAUCCGGAACUGUACAACAACGAGUUUUGGGAGCAAGUGCCGCCAGGGUUUCUAGAAAGACUUCAGCAGACACUGUACGGUUCAAACUACGACGAUUAUCCGGAGUACAAAGAUGAGGCUGAUACAAGCGGAAAACUCCUAGAAGUUCCGAAUUGGCCAACAAGUAAGACGAACGGUUUGAUUGGUCAGGUGGGAGGUAUUGCACUAGAUUCCAAAGGAAAUCUUGUUGUGUUUCAUAGAGCAGACAGACGAUGGGACGGAUGGUCGUUCGGUCCGUUGAACAGACUAGACCCAGCUCUUGGUCCAAUCCAGAGAGACGUCCUGAUGAGGAUAAGUAACAAGACAGGGGAGAUAAUUACACAGUCUGGAGCCGGAGAGUAUUAUAUGCCACAUGGUUUGACCAUAGACAAAGAUGACAAUCUCUGGCUGACAGAUGUUGGGCUGCAUCAGGUUAUUAAAAUUCCACAAGAUCCGAACGCACCAGGACUUACUCUUGGAGAAAAACUUGUUCCAGGAAGUGACGACACACAUUUCUGUAAACCGACAGAUGUCGCUGUGGCAUCUAAUGGCGACUUCUUUGUCGCUGACGGGUACUGCAAUGGAAGAAUAAUGAAGUUUUCACCAGACGGAAAUUUGACAACUCAGUGGGGUCACGUUUCUACAGGCAUGAUUCCUGGAAACUACGAUUUUCACAUACCUCAUAGCCUCGCUUUGGAUGAAUCACGUGAUCUCCUCUGCGUUGCCGACAGAGAAAAUGGAAGGAUACAGUGUUAUUCUGCGGGCCUGAAUGGAACAAAGGCUGGUGCCUUCAGAGAUCGUUUUGAACCAGGCAGGGGGAGAAUAUACGCUAUAGAAUUUGAUUCUACAGGUGAACGCCUGUUUGCCGUCAAUGGGCCUGGUAUAGGUAUUAUAGAGGGAUUCACCCUUGAUAGAUCAGGGAACAUCUUAGAGACUUGGGGACCAGACGACCAGGAUUUCCCGAGCCAACCUCAUGACGUCACAGUAUCACGAGAUGGCAGGGAUGUUUUUGUAGGAGAUAUCGGACGUCCACCAAAAGUCUGGCGAUUUUCGAGACGUGGAGUCCCAGGAGUAACAAUUGGAAAAUAAACCAAACAAAAAUAUUUACAGAAAGCUAUGCUGUAAAGAUAUAUCAAAUUAGAAAUUUACUAGAAGGAAUCUUAUAUUUUUGUAUAUUCUACGCAGGGUUGCCAUAAUCAGAGAACAGUACGUCUGUAGGCUAUUAUAAUAUCAUAUAUACCUAUACCUAAGACUGUCUUAUGAAGAAAUGAAGUUUCAUGGGCUUUUCUUGUUAAAGACAGAAAAGUUCUAUCAAAGCAGUUAUACCUCGACUUUUUGCCAUAAGAUUUAUGCUUGUGAAUUAUACGCUUGUACAAGGUUUGUAAUUAAUUUUCAUAUCACUAAAUUAAUGAAUAAGACGUUACCUGGUCAUUCAUUUCAUAUAAUUAUAUUCUAAUAUAGAAAAAUGCACAUUUAUAAAACACGGCAAUAUUGAAACACGUCUGUCGUCGUUUGACGCAAUACAAGCGCCGAGAAAAAAUGAUACUAAAUUUUAUUUACUGUUUUGUAUAAAAGACUUUUCAGAAUCGAAAUGAUAUAACAUAAUGGUGUUUCACUUAAUUCAAACACACUCUGAAUAGAUCAUUAGGCGCGUGUUUAAACAUUCUUAAAACCCCGUCGCGUUGACAUUACAUUGACCAAGUAUUUGGUGCCAUACGUGCGCCUAGAAAGAGUGCUUCCCCUUUUCCUCCACUUUUUGGCAUAAAAAGCAUAUUUUCAUCUAAGUAAUGUAUAGAAGAACCAUGCUUUAACAUAUUUAAGCACGACGAAGAGAGCAUACGUCUGUGGAAUAAUUUAACGAGGCCGUAGUCUGGGUGAAUCAUUCUACGUGGCGGACAACCGAUUCGUUUCAAUAUAAUUAUUAAAAGAUUGUUCUUCUGUGUAUUAUUUCUUAAAGGAGGCAUUAGCAAAUGUUACUACGGCUAACCUAAUAUUUGACACUCUUUAAUGCCUUGUUUUGCAAAAAGGACAUAAAUAUAGGCCUAUGGGGCUACCAAAUAUAAAGUUUAAUAUACAGUACAACCUCUCCAGAGCGGCCGUCUCUUAAACAAAAACCUCUCUACAACAACAUCAUCAAAAUUUCCCUAAGCUGAAAUAUACUAUCAAAUUUACCUCUCCAGAACGACAACCCCUACAUAACAGUCAGUUGUAUCUCCCAAAGGGUGUUGCUUUACAGAGACUUCACUGUAUAAAAAAACUUAUUAUGAAAAUUAGUAAAGCCUUCAUGCAGCUGUCUCUUGAUAUAAAUUUAUUAAACAAUAAUAAAAGUUGAAUAAUCUAUGUAUUCAUUAUUCUCUGUAGUUUUAAGCACGUCUUACAAAAAAAUUCUAAUUGUUAACUUUCAUUUAUAAACGUUAAGUUGAUUUUCAUUUGUUUAAUGCUAAUUAAAGUUUUGUUCAUCCUCUCA